GAGGCCCGGCCCCCUCCGCCGCUCGGCGUUGCCCGGCCGCCCCCCGCCGUGGCCUGGGUAGGCUGCGGGAAGAGGCCGUGGUGGUGCGGGGGGAGCCGGGAGAGGCCGGGGGCGCGAGAUUACGCCCGAAGUGCCCCUGGCGAAGAACGGACAUGCUUGACUGUUGUCUUCAGUCGCUUGUGUUGUGCUACGUUGUUUACCCAAAAAGGAGAGGCUGAGACCCUGUUAUUUUAAUCCUUGACUUCUUCUUGGGUUAUGAUAUAACUAAUAAUAAACCAAAAACUGCGGAAAGAACACUUGAGAACGGAGCAUGGUAGGAUCUUGAACAGAAGUCGCUGGUGUCAGGCAAAAGAGGAAGGGAAGGAAUGGCAUCCCGAGAGAGGCUGUAUGAGCUUUGGAUGCUUUACUGUAAUAAGAAAGAUCCAGAUUACCUGAAACUUUGGUUGGAUAGUUUUGUUUCUAGCUACGAACAGUUUCUGGAUGUGGACUUUGAGAAACUGCCAACUAGGGUGGAUGACAUCCCUCCAGGAAUAUCACUGCUUCCUGACAAUAUUCUUCAGGUCCUUAGACUCCAGCUGCUGCAGUGUGUCCAGAAAAUGUCAGAUGGACUAGAAGAGCAGCAGCAGGCCCUGUCACUUUUACUUGUGAAAUUCUUUAUCAUCCUUUGCAGAAAUUUGGCUAACGUGGAAGAGAUUGGAAUGUGUUCAUACAUUAACCAUGUUAUCACCAUGACUACAUUAUACAUUCAACAGUUAAAAAGCAAAACAAAAGAGAAAGAAAUGGCAGAUCAGACCCCAAUAGAAGAAUUCGUGAGACAUGCACUGGCUUUUUGUGAAAGUCUCUACGAUCCAUAUCGAAACUGGAGGCAGCGAGUUGCAGGACGUAUCCUAAGUACAGUUGAAAAGAGCAGACAGAAGUAUAAACCGGCUUCUCUCACGGUUGAGUUUGUCCCUUUCUUUUAUCAAUGCUUUCAAGAAAGUGAACAUCUCAAGGAAAGCCUGAAAUGUUGCCUGCUACAUCUCUUUGGAGCUAUUGUGGCUGGUGGUCAGAGGAAUGCUCUUCAAGCAGUAUCUCCCGCUACCAUGGAAGUCUUGAUGCGUGUUUUAGCAGACUGUGACAACUGGGAUGAUGGGAGUCCUGAGGAAGUGAGCAGAAAGGCAGAGCUUACUCUGAAGUGCCUGACAGAAGUUGUCCAUAUCCUUCUUACCAGCAGUUCUGACCAGCGGCAAGUGGAGACCAGUACAAUAUUGGAGAACUAUUUCAAGCUGCUUAAUUCAGACCAUUCAGCUUUACCUAAUUCAAGGCGAUGUAGGCAGUGGGAGAGCAGGUUCAUAGCUCUACAGAUCCAAAUGCUGAAUACCAUCACAGCCAUGUUAGACUGCACAGAUAGGCCUGUUCUGCAGGCAAUUUUCCUUAACAGUAACUGCUUUGAGCAUCUCAUUCGACUGUUGCAGAACUGCAAGCUGUUUUUAAAUGCUAACAAUAAAGUGGCAGACAAGAGUGAAAAAGACCUUGCCAACAAAUUACUGACAGAAAUGAAUGAGGACCAGGUGUUUCAGGGACACCUAGACUGCUUGGCGGUAUCAACCAUUCAAGCCCUCACAGCAGUAAUGCUCAAGUCUCCAGCUGCUAAGGAGGUCUUCAAGGAGAGAAUUGGUUAUGCACAUAUAUAUGAGGUACUAAAAUCGCUGGGUCAACCCUCACGGGAAUUACUAGAAGAACUCAUGAAUAUGGCUGUUGAAGGUGACCACAUGGCUGUUGGGAUAUUAGGCAUUAGUAAUGUCCAGCCAUUAUUGCUGCUUAUCCAGUGGCUUCCAGAGCUAGAGUCACAUGACCUGCAGAUUUUCAUCUCAAAUUGGUUGAGGCAGAUCUGCUGUAUUAACAGACAGAGUCGUGCCACGUGUGUCAAUGCAAACAUGGUCAUCCGUAUCAUUGAGACAUUAAAUUCCCAUUCUGCACUCCACUGUACUUGUGCAGAGAACCUGAUUGCCCUUCUGGGCUCUUUGGGGAGCCAGUCAAUGGGAUCAGAAGAAUUGCUUCAGCUAAUACGGCUCCUGAGGACUGAGGAAGCAAGGCGGGCUCACCCUUACGUUGUUCCAGUGAUGCGAGCCAUUCUGGCAAUGGCCCGGAAGCAAGGCAUGGCAAGUGCCUUGCAGUAUUUCAACUUGUAUCACAGUAUGGCAGGAAUUGCAGUUCCAUCAAUUCAGAAGUGGCCGGGCUCUGCGUUUUCUUUCAGUGCUUGGCUCUGCCUUGACCAGGACCAGGUGGACCCUAGCACAACUAGCAAAAACGGCAAGCGGAAGCAACUCUAUAGCUUUUUUACGGGAAGCGGUAUGGGUUUUGAAGCCUUUAUUACGUGCUCUGGGGUAUUGGUGGUUGCAGUUUGCACAAAGAGGGAAUAUACGACAGUGAUGCUUCCAGACCACUGUUUUUUUGACUCGCUCUGGCACAACAUAACUAUUGUACACAUGCCUGGAAAGAGGCCCUUUGGUCAGAGCCUUGUAUACAUCUAUGUCAAUGGACAGCAGAAGAUCUCUGCUCCACUUCGAUUCCCUGCCAUGAAUGAACCUUUUACUUCUUGCUGCAUUGGUUCAGCUGGCCAAAGAACAACAACUCCUCCUCCAUCUCAGAUACCAGACCCACCUUUUUCCUCCCCUAUCAUGCCCCAUCGUACGUCACUUGGGGGCAUUCUGUCUCCAGGAAGUUGGGGUGGAAUGCUUGCAAAACCGGAGCUCAUCACCAAGAUGAUCUCAGCAGGGACUCAGGAUAGUGAAUGGGGAUGUCCAACAUCUUUGGAGGGACACCUUGGAUCAGUUAUCAUCUUUCAUGAAGCACUGCAACCCCCUCAGGUGAAAGCAUUGUAUUUAGCAGGUCCAAACUGCUUAACUCCAUGGAAAUCUCAAGAGUCUGAAGUAGCAGACCUCCCCAGUAAGGUGUUGCUUCAUUACACACCAAAGGCCUGCAGAAAUCCAAUUUGUCUUGACCUGUCUGCUAAUCUCUUACAUGGAAGACUAACUGGAAACAAAGUAGUGAACUGGGACAUCAAGGAUAUGAUCAACUGCAUUGGUGGAAUAAAUGUGCUGUUUCCAUUGCUGGAGCAGAUCAGUUUCCUUGGUGGACAAGUGCCUGAGAAGUCUGAAGGGGAAACUCUACCACCUCCAGAAGUAGUGACUCCUGUAGAGGGCGACUGGGUGGUAUUGGCAUCCACAAAGGCAUCAGAAGCACGGCUGGAGAAGAAUGUUGUUGCAACUUUCAUCUUGGUGAUAAAACACUUUAUUCAGAGGCAUCAUGUUAAUCAAGAAAAUAUGAUUCACUCCCAUGGAGUUGCCACCCUAGGAGCCUUGUUACAGAAGGUGCCAAGCAACUUAAUGGAUGUGAACGUACUGAUGGCUGUACAGCUGUUGAUAGAGCAAGUCUCAGUAGAAAAGAACAUGCAGCUUUUGCAACAGAUGUAUCAAUACUUACUUUUUGACUUCAGCAUCUGGAACAGUGGGGACUUCCCCUUCAGAAUUGGGCAUAUACAAUAUCUUUCUACAAUCAUCAAAGACAGCAGAAGGCUCUUCAGAAAGAAGUAUGGAGUACAAUUUCUUCUAGACACACUCAGGGUUUAUUAUGGGAGUGGCUGUAAAGACAGUGAUUUGGCUCCUGAUGACCUGAGAACAAUAAGGACAUCCCUGUAUGGACUGAUCAAAUAUUUCCUAAGCAAAGGUGGAACACAUGAAGAAAUACAGAGCAUCAUAGGAUACAUAGCUGCCACCAGUGAAGAGGAACAGCUCUGUGGAAUUCUGGAUAUUCUCUUCAGCCUACUUCAUUCCAGCCCAACCCCAGACCAGCUUUUUUUACUGCUUUUUGAACCAGGAAAUGCUGAUAUUCUUUACGCUUUGUUACUGCAUCAAAGAUACUCUGACCGGCUUAGAGAACUUGUGUUCAAGAUUGUGGAAGAGAUGCUGAAAUGUACUAAAGUUUACGAACGCAGUAAGCACCGUAUGAGACUCAGAGAAGUGGGAUACUCUGGACUGGGACUCCUUCUGAAUGAAUCACCAGUUCCUGUUUCUCUCAUAAAAAACCUUCUUAACCAAGUUCUGUAUGCAGAUCCUGUUGUGAAUUGUAAAGAUCUCAUAGCUGUAGUGCAUCUGGCACAUAAAUCAGAUAUAAACGUGAGAGUGGUCAUCUGUAGAAAGGUUUUGCACCUUUUACAUUCCCAAUUGGAUGCAGCACAACAGAUUUCUCAGCAGCUAGGCUGGCAGGAUACUCUGGUUAGACUGUUCCUGAAAGAAAACUCUGAGGUCCGGAUUGGCUUUAGAGAGAACAGGGCUGAUUCCUCAAGGGAGGAGGAAAGAAAGCCUCCUGCUGAAGGUCUUCAGAGACAUCAUGCUGAUAAGAUGGAGGGAGAUAAAGCUGGUAGCUUUGCAUCUGUUAAUGGUUUGUUUGAUCAGUGGAGUUUAGAAGACAACAAAUCUUUGGAUGUCCCAGCUCAUUUCUCUGCUAUGCCUCUGGAAGAUGCAUCCACAGGAGAGAUGUCUUUUAGGUCAGAGGACCAAGAAGAAUUAUGGCACAGUAAUCCUUCACAUCUGAGUUUAGAUCUGUCCAGUGUUGACUCUUAUGAACUGGCUGACGGGAAUCAGAUGACAGAUAGCCUGUCCAGCACACCGUCGCCUAUAGAGAGCACAAAACCAUUUUCUGGACAGUCUGACAAAGAUCUGGGUGUCAUAAAUGAUGUGGGCUUCAGUGCUGAUCUAUCCUUAUUUGAAAACCAAGGAGGAGGUGAUAAUGAACUGAUACAGUUACUUACAGACAUCCUACUGUGUAUAAUGUGGAAAGGCAUUGAAAGAUCUGAUGAUGAUGCUUGGAUUGAGAGAGGACAGGUAUUUUCUGCACUGACCAAACUGGGAAUAUCUAAUGAGUUGUUGCGACCAUCUGAUGAAAUAAAACUCAACAUGCUGGAGAAGAUGUUAGAAUGGUCAGUCACUGAUAACAGAGAUUCAAAAGCUCUCCCUACACACGCUGAAAAUGCCUUCCGGCUCUUACUAAUUGUACAAGAUUUCCUGCAGGCAGAGGGACUAGUUAAUUCAAACUUGUGGACAGAAAAGCUCUUGGAGGAGUUAGUGACUCUCAUGGAUAGCCUGUCAGUCUGGUACUCUGCUGGCCCAGAAGCAACCUGGUUUUCACAGGUGCAAGUCCAGUUACUCCUUGGAUUCAUUGCACAAGACAACUUACAGGUCUGUGCUAUGGCAGCAGCCAAACUAAACACCCUUCUUCAGACUAAAGUAAUAGAGAGCCAACCUGAAGCAUGCUACCUCUUGGGGAAGCUGGAGGGCAUCUUGAGUAGAUCAAUAGAAGAGAAAACAGAAACGUAUUCAUUUUUGAUUCCCCUUGUUCGGACGCUGGUAUCCAAAAUUUAUGAACUUCUCUUCAUGAAUCUGCAUCUCCCUUCUUUGCCUCCUACCAAUGGCAGCCCCUCUUUCUUUGAGGACUUUCAAGAAUACUGCCGCUCUGAUGAGUGGCAAGUUUACAUUGAUAAAUAUAUUAUUCCAAAUAUGAAGCAGCAUGAAGAGAAUUCAUUCAGACAUGGUCAUGAGCAGAUGGCACUUUAUUGGAAAGAUUGUUAUGAAGCAUUUAUGGUGAACAUGCAUAAACGAGAUCGGGAGAGAGGAGAAAGCAAGCUUAAAUUUCAGGAGCAUUUUGUGGAACCAUUCAGCAGAAAGGCUCGACAGGAAAAUCUGCGGUACAACAGUAUGCUAAAGCAACUUAAUAGUCAGCACACAGCUACUCUGAGACAGUGGAGAGCAGCCCAGCUUUACUUGCUCUCUGAACGUGGCCCUUGGUCAGAAAUGAAACAGCAUCCUAUCCACUGGAAACUUUCAAAUGUGGAAAAUUUUUCACGUAUGAGACUAAAACUAGUGCAGAAUUACAACUUCAACUCUCAUCAGGAUGCUAGUGACCUGAGAGAUAAUUUAGGUGUGCACCAGAUACAGCCCUCUAGUGAGUCUCUACUUCUGGAAGUGGUAAAGCAGGUGAAAGUGAGUGACUUGGAAGAUGACGUACUUGAACUACCAGAGGAAGACACAACAGCCAGUUCCAGUAUGGAUGAGAAGGAUGAGCAGAGUCAGAAAGAAAAGCUAAUAUUGUCUGAAGACUGUGAACUCAUUACGGUAAUUGAUGUGAUACCUGGCAGACUGGAGAUCACUACCCAGCACAUCUAUUUCUUUGAUGGUAGCCUUGAAAAAGAGGAAGGGGUUGGUUUUGAUUUCAAAUGUCACCUUUCUCAAAUUCGAGAGAUACAUUUGCGUCGGUACAACCUGAGGAGGUCGGCUUUGGAGAUCUUCCUUAUGGAUCAAACCAACUACUUCCUCAACUUCAAUAAGGAGGUAAGAAACAAAGUAUACAGUCGAAUAUUGUCGCUGCGCUCUCCAAAUAUUUCUGGAACCAGAUCUCCACAGGAACUCUUUAAAGCUUCAGGUUUGACGCAGAAAUGGGUGAAUAGAGAAAUAUCCAAUUUUGACUACCUUAUUCAGCUGAACACAAUGGCAGGACGAACUUACAACGACCUUGCUCAAUAUCCUGUGUUCCCCUGGAUUUUACGAGAUUAUACUUCAGAAGAACUGGACCUGAAUAACCCAGCAGUCUUUAGAGAUCUGUCCAAGCCCAUAGGGGUGGUAAAUGAGAAGAAUGCUAAGGCUGUAAAAGAGAAAUAUGAGAAUUUUGAGGAUCCCCUUGGGAUGAUUGACAAAUUUCACUAUGGAACACACUACUCAAAUGCUGCUGGUGUCAUGCAUUACCUCAUUCGGGUAGAACCUUUCACAACACUUCAUAUCCAACUUCAAAGUGGCAGGUUUGACUGUGCUGAUCGACAGUUCCACUCUAUUCCUGCUACCUGGCAGGCACUCAUGGAUAACCCCAAUGAUGUGAAGGAACUUAUACCAGAGUUCUUCUACUUCCCAGAAUUCCUGGAGAAUCAAAAUGGCUUUAACUUGGGUCAGCUUCAAAUAUCCAAAGAAGUGGUAAAUGAUGUUGUUCUCCCCAAAUGGGCCCACUCUCCAGAAGACUUCAUUUGUAAACAUAGGAAGGCUCUGGAAUCUGAGUAUGUUUCUGCUCAUCUUCAUGAAUGGAUAGAUUUGAUUUUUGGCUACAAGCAGAGGGGACCAGCUGCAGUGGAAGCGCUCAAUGUGUUCUAUUAUUGUACUUAUGAAGGGGCUGUGGAUUUGGAUGCUUUAACAGAUGAAAAAGAAAGGAAAGCUUUAGAAGGGAUGAUAAACAAUUUUGGGCAAACUCCCUGUCAGCUGUUAAAGGAGCCCCAUCCUCAAAGGCUGUCGGCAGAAGAGGUAGUGCAAAGACUAACUAAAAGUGAUACCUCUACUCUGAAUCUCUUCCAGCACCUCACUGAACUGAAGUCAUUCUUCGUAGAGGGAAUCAGUGAUGGUGUCCCCAUUGUCAAAGCUGUUGUCCCCAGGAAUCAGUCACGUUCCUUUAUGUCUCAGGGAAGCCCAGAGAUCUUGGUAACAGCAAGUCUGAAUUGCGUUAUUGGAACCCAUGGUUGGCUACCUUAUGAUAAAAACAUCUCCAACUAUUUUACAUUCAUCAGAGAUACCACGGUGACAAAUCCCAAAACGCAGCGCAGCAUGAGUGGUCCUUUUGCACCUGGGCUGGAGAUCACCUCUAAGUUGUUUGCAGUAUCUCAUGAUGCAAAACUCCUCUUUAGUGGAGGACACUGGGACAAUAGCAUCAGAGUGACAUCUCUUACGAAAGGAAAGCUGAUUGGACAGCACAUCAGGCACAUGGAUAUUGUGACCUGCUUGGCAAUAGAUUACUGUGGAAUCCAUUUAAUUUCAGGCUCCAGAGAUACUACCUGUAUCAUAUGGCAAAUAGUUCAGCAGGGAGGAGUGCCUGUCGGCCUGGCACCUAAGCCAUUACAGAUCCUUUAUGGGCAUACUGAUGAAGUUACGAGUGUUGGCAUCAGCACUGAACUGGACAUGGCAGUGUCAGGAUCCAAGGAUGGGACAGUUAUUAUGCGCACUAUUCGGAAAGGUCAGUACAUGAGAACUUUGCGACCACCUUGUGAGAGUUCCCUCCUGCUGACUGUUCCCAAUCUGGCUGUGUCCUGGGAAGGCCAUAUAGUUGUCCACACUAGCAUAGAAGGAAAGACCACUCUUAAGGAUAAGAAUGCGUUACAUCUCUAUUCUGUCAAUGGAAAGCAUCUGAGUUCUGAGACUCUGAAGGAGGAAGUGUCAGAUAUGUGUGUGACUGGCGAGUAUAUUGUGAUGGGCAGCUUACAAGGAUUUCUUUCCAUACGGGAUCUGUACAGCCUGAAUCUGAGCAUCUCCCCGUUAGCCAUGCGACUGCCAAUUCAUUGCAUUUCUGUCACUAAAGAGUAUAGCCACAUCCUUGUUGGCUUGGAGGAUGGCAAGUUGAUUAUCGUUGGUGUUGGCAAGCCAGCAGAGAUGCGCUCAGGUCAGCUUUCCCGAAAGCUGUGGGGAUCAAGCAAACGGCUCAGCCAGAUUUCGUCAGGAGAGACUGAAUAUAACACUCAAGAUUCCAAGUGAUUGCUGCUUCUACCUUCUCUCAUGGAUGCCAGAAACAUAUUUAAUCUUUUGGUCACUUUAAAUGUAUAUCUCAGCUUUCAGGGGCUCUACUGUUAACAGUCUGUUGAAGACGAACCUAUGGUAGAGGUUUAGUAAUAAGCAUAUGUACCCAUGCAAGUUAGCUUGCUUGCACAUUUUUCCUUAACUGUGUUGAUUUGGUCACAAAAAAAUCCUUCUCUAAACAGCUGCUAAAACAGUGUUUCAGGAAAACAAAAAACCUAAACACACAAACCAAAAACACCAGACCUCCAAACCCAAGCUUGCUAAUUGAAUUUAAGUACCAUUUGAUUUAAAGAUGAAUAGGGCCAGAUGCUCCUUGAUUUCAAGAAAGAUAUUUGGCAUUGCUUUCACAGCACUGUAAUUCCCCAACAGUCUGUCUAAAAUUGUCUGUUGCAGUGGUCUGAUUCAAAACUGGGAUAGCUGACAAUUAUGACCUUUUCAGUAUGUUUUUUAGACCAAUGAACAACUUAUUGUGAUUUGUUCCUGUAAAUACCUAUUGCUAUCUUCCUUUAUGUAGUUCCAGUUUUAGGCUGUUCUGCAAGGAACAUCUGUGUUGCACUACUUGAUUAUCAGAAAUUCUUUAAAGUACAGACAUGAAUAACUUCAAAGAAGUUGAAGGUGGUGAAGGAGCAGAAGGAGGUAGGAAAUACUUGCUGCUGAAAAUUAUUUAUAUUAAGUAGACUAAGAUGCACACUAAGAAAUCCCGUAAUAUAGUUACUAUCUUGAAGAAAUAAGAGGAAAAAUCACGUAUCCCUGUUGGUCAAAGAUCUAUCCUCUUCAUUAGUAAGGCAACAAAUUUUCACUGCAAAAUCAUUUAAACAACACUGCAGGACAACUUAGUGGAAAAGCACCUGUUUGUUUCUUGGCUUGGUAUUCACCAAACCAGUUGUUGUCCAUAUUUUUAUUUCUGUAAAACAAGCAGGAAAACAGAUGAUGUAUCCAUUUUCAAGAUGUGUUUAAUAACUGGGAGAAGAAAAUACCAGAUCAUUACAUGCUCUAUACACAACAAAAUAGUUAUGGAUUUGUUGCUAUAUUUUGGAAAAGCCAUUACUGAAUGUUUUUUUUGUUAAGUAAUAAUUGAUGUUAGAAGGGAUUGUGUUUUCCUGUCAUGCUGGCGUUUUUAUAAUGUUAGUGAUUUAAGUUAUAAACCCAAUACUGCUGGAAAAGCCUGGUGCUGAGUGAAAAAUAUGAUUUUUUUGACUGGUGUGCAAAGGUAUGUGUGUAUAUGUGUCUAUGUAUAUAUAUGUAUAUACAUGUAUGUAUGUCUAUUAAAAAGAGAAGAUAUUCCCCUUGCAUCUUUCGGGGUAAGGGCAGUAUAAAUAUAAGGCAGAGCUCUAAUUGAUUGCUAGCUAGUAUAUUCCCUUUUGGCUACCCAUCUCUUCCCUCUGCCAUCACUUUUUUGUGUUAUUUUUAUUUAUUUAUGGACGUGAACGUGUUGUACCUCCUAUAAAGGUUAUCAGAUAUUCCCUGUGACUGGGGACCCGUUGAACUACCUGAGAACUCCAUUAUGUAUAAUCUCAUUUCAUUAACUUUUGGCAUAAUAUUUGUUAUCUUUAUAGAAAUAAAGUUAAUUCUUGCCCCCUGGAAAAAAGAUAAUCUUUAAAAGUCCAAUUAGUUUCACGAAAACUGUUUCCUCUUCCUCCUCUUAAUGACUGAUUGUGUGCUCUGUAAAGAAAGUUGUGUUGUUAUUUCUUUUGUAAAUGAAAUAGUAAAUCAGCCUUGUGAACAAGUGGGUCUAUCCAUAGUUGCAAUAUUCAAACUAAUCACUGUGACAGACUGGAUUGUCUGAUUGUCAGGAGAAAAUCAGAAUAAUUUCCCUGAGUUGCUUGCCAAGAGAGCAUUAAUAUUUCCAAAAGCAAAGUGACAUACUGUUUUUAAUCACUUGUAUAUCGAAUGAGAAUACUAAGGAUAUUCUGGAAGUAUUAAAUGUGUAUAUGAGAAUGUGAA